AAAUGAUGUCGGUCGUGCGCAUGCGCGGACCGAUCGCGUAGCAACAGCGUCAACAGAAACGAACAGUUUGAUCAUUCAUCUGCGUUAAUUCCUUCGUUUCUGUGUUUUUUUGUGUGUGUAUAUUCGUCUAUCGUAUAAUAAACUACACCUCCUUACUUAUUUGGCUCGAUUCGUCUCAGUAAACUCCGGAGCUUUUCAGGCUAGCUUAGUUAGCUUAGCCUGUUAGCUGCACGUCAUCGAGUGUGAGUGUAAAGUGUUGCGGUUGUGUGGGAAAUGUGCAAACUACAAAUGCUGAGAGUGUUGGUGAAUCAGCGACUAAGUGCGGCGGCGGAAGAAAUCUUUGCGGCGAUAGAAAGGACGAUGGCAGAGUACCGGGAGGAACUUUGUCGCACAAAAGAGGAGAACGAGCUACUGCACGCAGUUUACAACACAACUGACGUCUAUGAAGGACAUACUCACCAGGAAGAGCCACAGCCCCCUGCAUUGAGGAGGAGGAGUCCCAGACCCCCCAAAUUAAAAAGGAAGCGGAUGAGCCGCAGCUGCCCGCAGGUUAAAGAGGAGGAGGAGGAACACCACGUCAGUCAAGACGGACUUGACGAGGUCGAGGGCACCAAGAUGCCCUUGACUGGUGUGAUGGUGAGGGGUGAAGAUGACAAAGUCAAAAGUGAAAGUGAGGAGAAGAGAGACGUGGAACCUCCGAGGAGCAGUUCAACACAACACAUGACAGAAGAUGAUGGAGGAUCUCCAGCAGACAAGAUCUUAGCUCCACUGUCGGAUGGUGAGGACACGACGUCACACUCUGCUGACACAGAGGAGGAGGACUCUAAGAGUGAGGUGACAUGUCACACUGACAACACACACUUCCAGUGCGCUCACUGCGGCAAAACCUUUAAAUGCCGCCGUAAUCUGAAAAGACACGCGAUCAUACACACCGGAGAAAAACCUUUUCCCUGUCCGAUCUGCGGUAACGGGUUUUCCCGAAAAGACAAGCUAAAGAGACACAUGGGGACGCACACCGGAGAAAAACCAUUUAUGUGCUCAGGCUGCGGCAAAAGAUUCUCCAGGAAGGAACACUUGGAAGCGCACAUGAGAAUACACACCGGAGGCACGCCUUUUCCCUGGGCACAGUGGAUCAGCGGGUAAAACGGCCGUCCGGAAGCUCGUGCAGUUCCCGGUUCGAUUCCAGCAUCCUGGAUCACUUCACCCCAGCGCCACAACAACAUGUUAUAAGUGUAAAAAAAACAUGUAUUCUAUUCAACUUGCCAGGAAAUGUCUCAAGUGAUGUGAUAAUAUGUGGUCUAUUCUGUACACACUUAGGAUCAAUAACAUCAUUUGGAUUCAUUUCAUUAAAGUUAGAAGGGGAUACAUAUUUCUGCCCUUUUUUUUGCAAGAUUUGUUUCAUAAUGCUUAAUAAUAUUAAUACAAUUUUACAUAAACAAGAUAGAUCUUGUAGAAAAUGAAUAUUUUUAAUGGAGGAAUUGGCAUAGUGUGACUGAGAUGCAACCAUCCCUCCAGGACCUGUUCUCCUCCAGGACCAGGAGGCGUGUGGGUGGGAUCACAGCUGACCCUUCUCACCCUGGACACACACUAUUCUCCCCUCUCCCGUCAGGCAGGAGACUACGCUCCAUCCAGACCCACACCUCCCGCCACCUGAACAGUUUUUUCCCCUCAGCCAUCAGGCAAAUGAACAAUAACUCCUAACAGUAGCUCCUUGAAUUCCUUCUAAGUCUAUAACAAGAUCUGAUAGCUCAGUUACAGCUCUUUUUAUUACCAAAUAUGUGUUAUAUGUGUUUUAUGUUGCACCAAGAAAAAUUCCUAGUUUGUGAACCCGUUCUCAAACAAUGGCAAUAAAACUAUUCUGAUUCUGAUUCUGAUUGUGA